AUGUCAAGUUAUGCUGUAUUAGGCAAAGAUCAAUUACCGGAAUCUCUGAGGAAUAAGCCGGGUUGGAUGCAAUGCGUCAUCGUCAUCGCAUCAUUGCUGAUCAUCACUUUCUCGGCCGUCGGGAUCGGUAUCCCCAUUGGAUACACGUACUGCUAUAUCGAGCAUAGAUCUCGUAUGAUGCUGGGUAAUACAAACGCAACUUUCCAAAUUCUCCAUGUACCAUUGACAGAAUCCAACAGGACCUGUCAAAAUAGGAGCAUCAACGAAGCCCUGAUGUCGAGUGUCUUGGUCUCCAAGAUCCUGAAGAUAAGCCACAUGCUGAAUGAAGAAAUACCUUUUAUAUCGGCUAAAGAAAGACCUUCUGUUGAGAUCUAA